UCGGAGCCAAAGUCGCCUCGCGCCCUGGAUCUCGCCUCUCUUCCUGAAACCCUAACCCUAGAAUCAGUUUUAUCUUGAUCUCUCAAAUUUUUGGCGGGACAAGUUCAGGAUCUUCCCUUAAAGCUGGAAUUGAACCCCAGAUACUGUUUUUUUCUUGAUCGAUCUUGUUCAAGCUAGGUUUUGCUAUUCUGUCUGGUUUGGGGUGGUCUAGCAAAAGAUGUCUCGGUGCUUUCCGUAUCCUCCUCCAGGGUACGUGAAGAACGGCAUCCGCGAUGAGGCACUGAUUGAAUCGAUUAAGCUUAAGAGGGAGGAAGAGAAGGCAAGGAAAGGUAGGAAAAAGGAGAAAAAAUGUGAGAAGAAAGCGAAGGAGAGGGCCAGGGAAGGUGGAGAGAUUGAAGGUAAGAAGCACCGUCAUAGAAAAAGGCAUAGAGAUGAGAGGAGUCAAGAUCCAAAAGGAGGUGACCAUCAAAAGAGGAGUGAAACUGAAGUGGAAAACAAUGAAAAGAGUAGCCUUACUGAAGAAGAUGGGCAGGCUGUUGGAUCCCAGAACUCUUCUGAUAGCACCCUUAACAGCAACAAAAGGCAGAAACAGAGUCCCCCUUCUGACAGCAGCCACAAUCCUGGAAUAUCUGUCCGGAUCAAGAUUGCUUCUCAAAGGCACAAAGAUCCAGAACUUACACCCAGCAGCAAGGAGCACCCUUCCUCUGCCUUUGGAAGGAUUAAGAAUGCCUAUGCUCAAGGGAUGGUUGACACUGCUUCUGUACCAGGCAUAGAACUUGGAGAAAAUCCUUGUUCUAUUCCGCAAAAUGCUGGCCCAAGAAUAACUCUGAAGCUUAGUAAAGAUAUACCCCACCAGUCAUCUUGUGCACCAGAAAGAUUUGCAGACAAGGCUGAGGCAACUUUGAUGUCAAAAUUGUGCAGCAGUUGCCCGCCCACAUUAGCAUUGCAAUUUAAAAAUCUUGUAGAGGACUGGAUUCCACCUCCAUUGGAGAGUGCUGGUUCUGAAGAGAAGGAAUGGCUAUUCCAGAGAAUGCUGAAUCACCAGCCCAUGGCUAAAAGAAUGGAACUUGGAAAUGUUUGCUUGAGUCAAGGAAAUCCAUCGCUUUGGCCAUGUGCUUGCCACUUACCCGAGGUUGAUACAUAUGCUUUACCAUUCACAAUACCAUUUUAGAAUUCACACUCCCAUUCUAGAACAAGAGAUGGGCAACCAAGGUGUAAAAGUUGGAGAAAACUAUUCUUGGUUGGGUGCUGAAUGUGUGAAGAUUCUGUUGCCAGCAUUCUACUUGCUCUCUCUCUGUCUUUGGAUGACUUGGCUUUCACAUGCAGUGUCCUGAGAAUGGAUUCUGUGGAGCAGGAUUGUUACAGAAGCGUUGAUAAAGAUCAGCAUGGGCUUUUCCACUAUUUUGUCGUUGGAAAAAUAUAUCGAAGCAUCACAUGUCCAAUUCUUUUGAGUAAUAUAAGCAAUUCAUUUUUACUAAACAGGUUUUCUUCUGCGCCUCCGAUUGCUUAAAUGUUCUCAGAUAUCUUCUGCCCUUACCGAAGACAGUCAAGUUAAGUUUAUGAUUUGUGACACAAAGGUAUCUUGGUACCAUGCCUAUUGCCUAGCCAAAACUUGACUAGUGGUCAGGGAUGAAGGUGCAAUUAGUUCUGAGUGUUGUAUGAGAGUGGAGUCUUACGCUCUGAUGCAUUAUUGGGAUGGUUAAUUGUAGGCAUAUGGCAGUUCUUCCCCCAUUGUAAAUUUGUAAUCAAAGAGAAAGGUAAAAAAAAAAAAAAAACAUUGCUAAUCCAAGCUGAUACCCGAGUGGAUUUAUGGGUGAAUUUAUCUGUAUAAUUCAAAUUAAAAAAAGUACUAGUAU